ACACCCUCAGCUCAUUCAGUCACAGUGAACGAGUUCCGCUGUCACAACAACAACAUGACAGACUCAGGGCCAAAGUUCAACAUAUUGAAGCUUUUAAAGAUCAUUAUUAGUAGUUUCUUCAUCACAGUCGUGCUGUUAUUCACCAUAGCAACCAUCAGGACUCUUUCUCUGGACGUGAAUGUCGGACUUCAACUGGCUCGUUGGGAAAAGACGAACAACCUAUCGCUCGUCAUAGACCAACAUCAGAGAGAGGAGCUGCUGGACAAUUUCAAAGAGGCUAUCCGGAUCCCCACAGUGUCCUUCUCCGAGAGGGAGAGCAACACCACCGCGCUGCUUCAGUUUCACAGGCUCCUCCGAAAAGCCUUCCCAACAGUUUUCUCUUCAAGCUUGGUUCAUCAUGAAUUGGUGGCCAACUACAGCCAUCUGUUUUGGGUGCAAGGAUCACAGUCUGACCUGGUGCCAUACCUGCUGCUGGCCCACAUUGAUGUAGUACCUGCCUCAGAAUCGGAUGGCUGGGAGGCCCCACCAUUUUCUGCUAAGGAGAUGGAUGGCUUCAUCUAUGGUCGAGGGACCAUAGACGACAAGAGUCCAUUAAUGGGAAUACUUCAGGCACUGGAGUAUUUGCUGAUAAAAGGCUAUGCUCCACGCAGAGGAUUUUACAUUGGUCUUGGUCAUGAUGAAGAAGUCAGUGGUUACAAGGGGGCAAUGAACAUAGUGCGAUUAAUGAAGCAGCGUGGUGUGCGGCUGUCGUUUGUCCUGGACGAGGGCCUGGCUGUACUUGAUGGAGUCAUCAGUGGUCUUGAAGGACCUGCUGCGCUAAUUGGGAUAAGUGAAAAGGGUUCGGCGACUGUAAAGCUUAGUACGUCUGUGGUCCCUGGUCACUCCUCAAUGCCUCCCAGUGAGACCAGCAUUGGGAUCUUGGCUGCAGCAGUCAAAAGACUAGAAGAGAACCCUAUGCCGAGAUUAUUUGGUCAUGGGCCUGAACGUGAAACAUUUGAGAAUCUUGCGCAUAAGUUCGGGCUCCCAAUGAAGUUCAUAAUGUCGAAUUUGUGGCUGUUCGCCCCUCUCCUUGGCAGGGUACUUGAAAGAAAACCAGAAACUAAUGCUUUUGUAAGGACAACCACAGCAGUCACCAUGUUUAAUGCAGGAGUUAAGGUGAAUAUCAUCCCUUCCCUCGCUGAAGCUUAUGUAAAUCUACGAAUACACUCAUCACAGUCAUUACAAGAGAUCCUGGACCUAAUCCAGUCUACAGUGGGGGACCAACGAGUGAAGAUAGAGCUUGUUGAUGGGUUUGACCCUCUGCCUGUGAGCUCUGCAGAUGAAAAGUCCUUCGGCUUCCAGAUCAUUAAGAAAACCGUGUUGGACAUGUUUCCAACAGUUACAGUUGCUCCAGGUAUCUGUAUUGGGAACACAGACAGUCGACACUUCAAAGACCUGACGAAUGAUAUUUAUCGCUUCGCCCCUGUAUGGUUUAAACCAGGUGAUGCUCAGAGAUUCCAUGGCAUCAAUGAACGGAUUUCCAAAAAGAACUACGAGGAGAUUGUAGUAUUUUACUUCAGUCUGAUUCAAAACUGUGACAUGCAGAAGCUCCCUGAGCCUCAUAGCUCUGUCCAUGAACUCUAAGGAAUAGACAGUAUGAGUAAAAUGCAGUCUGUGUUAUCAUUAGUCUGAAUAAUUAUAGUAUUAUAGUAUCCAACAGGACCUUGACUAACUGUAUUAGUCACUACAUUUCAAACAAAAUUAUGUGAUUCUGCAUUUUAGAACCAGACGGUUUAAUUUUCCAUUUUCCAUAGCUUUACAGUAAACAAUGGAUUUUGAAUCCUGUUUGAUGACAUACAGUAUUGACCUUGUUGUGAUGAAAUGAUCAGGGGAUAACUAUAUACUAUAACUCCUUUGCAUUUGUGAUUAUGAUUUUGGGGUAUACAGUAGUGCUGUGAUGAUUUUUGAAUAUAAAAUCAUGAUGUUAUAAUUUAAUGAAAUAACUGAUAACAUUUUUGUUGGGCUGCUAACAAUAUCGUAGUACUUGAUAUUAUGAUAGUACAAACUUUAAUAAAAUGACCAUAUAAAAAUGUUUUUGGCUGCUCAUAACACAAGAUAACAACUACUUAUUUUCUAAAGAAUUACUGAGCAGUAAAGGUGCAGUGAGGUUGCAAAUUGCAAUCAACUAUAAAUUCUCCUGUGUGCAAAGUGUGUUGAAGAACUACGGUGGACGACGCAUAAACGUAAUAAUGCGAAUGGCCCUAUUUAGAGAGUCAGUGUUUUGAUAGUCCGUUCUGGACUGUAGAAACAUGACGGCUCUGUGAUUAGGACACGCUUCGUAUGUAGAUAUAAACGGCUCAUUCUAUGGUAACAACAAGGUGAUUAUACACUAAAGAAAACACAAUAUUAUAUUCCAUUUCUGCAAAUAGAUCCCCCUAAAUGUUACACACUGUUCUUCACUGUUCUCUCACUUUCUGUUCUUCAAUCCAAUGGACAGUUUUUUUCUUCAAGAUAAAGGCAAACCUGAAAGGAAGGGUCAAAUGCCAAAUUUAAUCCAACAUAUUAGUGGAAUCAGAAAUUUGACACACCAUACAAUAAAAUAUGUAUGUGUGAUUACACCAUUGAAUUAAAAAUAUUUUUCACCUCAUAAUCAGACCAGAAGCCUGCCUUUCUGGUGUAGUGGCCUGCAUUACCAACACCACUGAUUGGUGCUCCAACCUCACUGGAUUGAGAGGACAGGAUAAAGAUUCGCCCAUAUGCAGCAAAUCCCAAAAUGAGCUUUUCAGCAGGUACCCUCUGGUCCCGCCAAUAACACAUUGCAUAGUCCUGAAAUGUGGAAAAAAGUUGACCCAGUAAUACACCAGUCACACAUCCCUCAAAAAGUGAAAUAACUGAAAUUCAUGUCAAAUAAAACAAUAUUACAAACAAAGGUACACCAAAAUAAAACUUAACUAAAUCCUACCUUCAGGAAUAUUAUAAUCAGGUUUUGUUAGGUGUCCAGCCUAUUUUUUAUUGAGGAUAGACUAAAUAUUAGUUGUAAUCUGAAUAUACCUAAAAAUUGACAAAUGACAGUAUAAAAUCGUGUACUCACAAUACUUAAGUAUGCGUGCCAUCUAGUGUCUUGGGAUCUCUGGUGCAAGGGACUGUGAUGUCCUGUGUGACGCUAUGCCAGGUACCAUGAAGGUCAUAUGCCAUCACAUUAAUGAAAUGCAGAUACCUAAAAAAUGCAGUUACGAUCAAGCACCAACACAUGAUGACAGCUAAUAUUUUUUUAGUUUAAUUUUUUUUUUUUACUUCCAAAGGAAACUAAUAAGUUAAAAAAUAAUUAUAUGUAUAUAUAUAUAUUAUUUUUUUAAUGUUUAGUUUACUUUGGAAUCUCUGCGACUUCAUAACUGAAGGAACCUAGUAUUCCUAUGGAAGCAGCCAUAGCAGUAGUGACCAAUCUGGGACGGUUAGUUGAUGUUCCCUCAGUAGUAGAGGAACUAAGACUCCCAAAAAUUGAGAUACCCCUAACCAAGGUAGCACAAAGCAUGAUGUUUGAUCCUCAAAACCGAAAUUAUGAAAAUGUAGGCUUCUCCAAAAGGGACAGCAUCUGCCUUUUCACAUGUAUCACUAAAUUUGGACUGGAUGUUCACAGACAGUUAUUGCAUACAAUAAAGCAAAUAUUUCAUCAA